AUGAUCGCCAAGUCAUUCUUCGCAGCUGCUGCCCUGGCACUUUCUGUGUCAGCUCAGACCUCAACAACCUGCAAUCCUCUUGAGAGAGACUGCCCUGCCGCCCCUGCUCUGGGCAACCAGCAAUUCUACUACGAAUUCAAGAACGGCGACAGUGCCGACUUCAACAACCUCGGAGGCACCAAUUUUUCUUAUGAUGCCAACAACGGCGCCCUCUUCAACAUCGACAGGGAAGGCCAGUCCCCCACCAUCGCCCUGAAGAAGUACAUCUUCUUCGGCCGCAUCGACGUCGAGCUCCAGGCCAGCCCGGGAGUCGGCGUCGUCACCUCCGUCGUCCUCCAGUCCGCCGACCUCGACGAGAUCGACUGGGAGUGGCUCGGCGGCGACAACACCCAGGUCCAGACCAACUACUUCGGCAAGGGCGACGUGACCACCUACGACCGCGGCGCGUUCCACCCCGUGUCCGCCCCCGUCGACACCUUCCACACCUACUCCAUCGACUGGACCGCCCAGAAGGUCGACUGGCUCAUCGACAACGUCGUCGUCCGCACCCUCAACUACGCCGACGCCAAGGGCGGCUCCCGCUACCCCCAGACCCCCAUGGAGGUCAAGCUCGGCACCUGGGUCGCGGGACUGCCCAGCGCCAGCCCGGGGACCGUCCAGUGGGCCGGCGGCAUGACCGACUUCAGCAAGGCGCCCUUUGACGCCUGGUACAAGUCGAUCAAGAUUGUCGACUACGCCGGCGGCAGCGCGCCCACGACGGAGAACGUCAGGGAGUACGUCUUCGGCGAUCGCAGUGGUUCCUAUGGGAGCAUCCAGAUUGUCAAGAACUAG